UUUCCAGUAGAAGCUCUAUCUUUGUACUUACUUGUAGUUUCCUACUUGAUACAACUGGAAACAAGAGACAUCAGGUUUCUAUGUUUUGGCCUCUUCCUCUUGCAAUUUUAUGAUUAUAAUAAAAUCAGACAUAAAAGAGGUGUACCUACUUGUUAGACAAACCACACUUAGCUGUACAGAAGGCUAAUGGUACUCUUCCAUUUUUAGAACUGACUGGGAUCGAUGGCUGUUGAUGGGGCUAAUUGGAAUAGGAGUGGGAAUGCUGGGAUUUCUGACUCAUCAGAUAAUUGACUGUCUCAUCAAAUUGAAAUGGAAACUGGUAGAAAAUUACCUUCAGAAUGGAAACUUUCAUAUGACCUGGAUUUGCAUACUUGGAUCUGGACUGGCCAUGAUUCUUGUAUCUUCGGGAUUUGUGGUGUUCUUUUGCCCAGCAGGUGUACCAUGUGGACUGCCAGAAGUCACUGGGUUUCUGAAUGGGGCUUCUAUCCAACAUAUUUUUAAUAUCAAGACUUUUCUGGGAACAUUUGUGUCUUGUGUGUUAGCUGUGGCAUCUGGACUCUUCUGUGGACCAGAGGGCCCUAUGAUUCAUUUGGGUGCAAUAAUAGGUUGUGGUCUGAGCCAGUUGAAGUCAGAUACCCUGGGAAUUCAUCUCCCAUUCUUCACAAGGUUUCAGAAUUCAGCUGAUAAGAGGAAUUUCAUUACAGCCGGUGCAGGAGCAGGGAUAGCUUCAGUGUUUCGUGCUCCAGUGGGUGGCCUCUUGUUCACACUAGAGGAAGUGGCUUCAUUCUGGGACGUCAGACUGGCCUGGCAAACCUUCUUCUGUUGUCUGAUGGCCACAUUCACUACGGAUUUACUCUCCUCUUCCCUUGAUGGAUUUGUUUACAGAGGUCAUUUUGGAUUUUUUGAAGCAGAGAAAGGAAUUUUAUUCUGGGUUAAGAACUUACUGGAUUUGAGCAUCUUGGCCUUCAUUCCGACCAUUUUCUUAGGCAUCCUUGGAGGCCUGUUAGGAGCACUUUUUGUUUCCCUAAAUAUAAAGAUAAAUAAACUACGCAUGCGAUUCUUUAGCUCAAUUUCCAAAUUGUUCCUCAGAAAAACAAGCAAGCUGUUGGAAUCCAUGAUGAUUCUUCUAUGUACUGUCACCAUUACAGUCUAUUUGCCGUACUUCUUUCCUUGCACUCCAGUUGGAACCCUGAGAACUUUUCAGCUGAAAAACAAUACAGAAAUCACAAAAGAAUUCAAGAGGGAAAUUGCAGAAUAUACUUGUACACCUGGCACACCAUGGAUUGGGCCAGAUGGAGUCAAAUAUUACAAUCAAACUUUUAACCAAGCUGCUGCACUCCUAGCUGAGAAUGGGAGGAGAGGAAUUGCGUACCUGUUCAAACGUGGGACUCAUGAAGAGUUUGGAUACACCUCUCUCUUCAUAGCUGUGGCAUUUUAUUUCCUUCUCUCCUGUUGGACUGCAGGUUCUGCUGUUGCUAGUGGCUUGGUCAUACCUAUGCUGUACACAGGAGCUUUAUACGGCAGGAUAGUUGGCUUGAUCCUUGUAUCCAUUUUUGGUGUUCAGACUAAUGGAUAUGGAGCAUGGAUUGACCCAGGACUCUUUGCUGCAAUUGGAGCUGCCUCUUUUGUAAGCGGUGUGUCACGACUAACAGUCUCCCUCACAGUUAUCAUGAUCGAGAUCACAAAUGAUGUGCAGUCCCUGUUGCUCGUGAUGGUGGCUGUCAUGGUGGCCAAGAUGAUCGGUGACUGGUUUAACCUGCCCUUGUACAGUUCCUUACUGAAGCUGAAAUGCAUUCCCUAUUUAGACUCGGAACCUUUUGCUGGCCAGAGGAAAAAAUGGUUAAACCUGGAAUUGUUCUCUGCCAGAGAUGUCAUGGAGCCUUGUGUCAGAGUCCUCCACUUAAAAGAAAAAAUUGUUUCAUUGGCUCAGCUCCUUGCUAACACCAGCCAUGGUGGAUUCCCAGUGGUUUACAAAUCUGAGCCAGACCAAGCAGAGGUGUUCCUGGGAACUAUUACAAGGUUAGAGCUGUGCAUGCUGCUGGAAAAUGAACCCAUCUUUGAAACUGAGACUAAUGAGGAAACUUUUUCCUGUGAUCUACUUCUCUCCUACCAAAAGAUAACAGUGGAGAAGUUGCCUGAUCCAUCCCGGACAACCAUGCUGCUGAAUCACUACAGUGCAGAUCCUCAGUAUCAGCAACUCUUCAUCAAUCUGCUGCACAUUAAACAGAUGUCUUCACUGAACUGUCUGCAGGAGCCAUACAUAAACAAAUCAGCGGUGUCAGUUCAGGCUCAUUUCUCGCUGCAGCGCACAUACAUCAUUUUUCGGACCCUGGGGCUUCGCCACCUGACAGUUGUUGACCUCCAGAACCGAGUUGUUGGGAUAAUCACCAGGAAAGAUCUGAUGCCUUUCCAGCUGGAGGAGAGCACUUCAGAGAAUACAUAAUGCUUUAAAACCAGUGAAGUAAAUGAGAUCCUGAUAUUAACUAAAGCCAUGAUCUACUGAACUGAGCAUCGGGCUUGGAGUCGGGUCCCAUCUCUGUUACUGACUCAGUUGGACAGUUUCUCUGUGCCUUGAUUAAUCCAUUUUGAAAUUGGGACAGUAACUGUGAAAGGGCUUUGUGAAUUACAUACCAAAUGUACUGUAACAUAAAUGGUGAUUGUGAUUAUUAUAAUCACUGCUUUUGUGCCAUUGAUAAAGUAGCUCUAAUUUUGUAACAGUGCUAAUAGUAUGUCAAUAGUGCUGUAAACAUGUGAAAGCUAACUUAACCUUGACGGCAGAUGUUAAAAGUCAGAAACAAGCCUGUGAGCUCAUCUGAGCCAUAGAUGACUUAGAUACAGCCAGCAGCUCAUAAGACAAAUCAGUCAAUGAGAUACAAGAUCAUAGCUGUUGUUAGAGAACAAGAAAACCUCCAUUGUUAAAACAUGAAAACUGUGUUACUUUGGCCACAUUAUGAGAGAUCCUAAUUUGGCUUACACAGUGUUCAAGAGAGAGUGAAUGGAAGGAGAAAAUGCUGAUUACGGAAAACAUGGAUAGAUAACUGGUUGACAAAAGAGAAAACAACACACCCUCUUUACUCUGUCACAGAAUACCAAUGAUUGCAGAGAGGUCAUAGUUGAGUUAUGAGUUAUGAUGGCAUCUCUUGACCCUGGAGGUUAUGUGAAACUGACUCACUGGUCAAUGGUAUAUCCUAAUAAAUAUAUCCUAAAUCACCACAAAA